GAGAGCUGGAGAGGAUGACAAGUUAGUCCAAGUUAAAGAACAAAAAGUGCCGUUAAACAAUGUUCCUCACUUUUGAGGACUAAUGACAGCCUCUCUAUAUAUAUUUUUCAUUUCCAUUUCACGUUUUGGUGCUCUUUCUUGCAUGUCUUAAACUCUUAAUUGCAAAGGUAAUUAGCGCGUGAAGAUGUUCUGCAGGUUGCUAAAAUGGACACUUUGCCUCCUCGGGCUCAUGAGCACGAGCACCGCCUCACCGGACGAUGCACCGGGGGAGUUUGGAGGAGAGUCCGGCUCUGGGAUGCUGCAGACAGAUGAGGUGAGCAUUCUGCAGGAGCUUUCUCCUCAGGUGUUGAACAGCAGUAACACCUCAAUGACUGUAGAUGACAGCAGGUGUCCAGUCCUACAGGUGGGACAGUACUCCACCUUGUCUCUCCCUCUUCAAGACCUCCUCAUUGAUGGGUUUGCAGAAGAGUUCAGUUUGCUGGUGCAGCUGCAGAGUCCUCAGGCAGACGAACGCAGCGUCUUCACCAUGCUCAGCCCCGACAGCCGAGUGAUGCUGCAGCUGCGGAUCAGCGCCUACGCCAUCAUCUUCAUAGGAACACAACAGCGUCAUUACGAAUUCCCAGUCAGCGGCCUGUCUGAUGGAAAGUGGCACCACGUGGCGCUCAGUGUGUCUGCCAAGCGGCUGGCGCUGUACGUGGACUGCUCUCUGCUGGAGAGUGUGGACUGGGUGUACCGCAGCAUGGGGAUCAGCACCGAGGGGGCUGCUCAUGAUCGGAGGCAUCAUCGAGGCCUUCGAGACUCCAUUUGA